AUGACCACCGUUCUUGUUCAAGUUGAGGCGAUAAUGAACUCUCGCCCUCUGACACCCCUCUCCGAGGACCCCGACGAUUUGGAUGUUCUGACCCGGGGUCAUUUUCUCACCGGAUCUUCGCUGUUGGCGAUUCCAGAUCCGGACUACACAAACGUUCCAACCAAUAGGCUCGAACACUACCAGCAACUUCAACAGCUCUUCCAGCAGCACUGGAAGCGUUGGCGAAGGGAGUUUCGUGUGCCUCUGUUUUUUCUCUAUUUUCAUACACCACUACCAUUGCAAAACCCGCUGUACAAAUUGGUCGACUGUAAAUCAAGUUUGAAAAGCAGUGCAGAAGAAGGAAAAUUUUGUUUCGCUAUCGUAUCAAAGUGCUAUUCUAACAAAGUGAUGGAAGCAAAAAAUUAUUAUCUUUUGUGCGCGGUUCUACUGGCUUUCACAGUGACCUGUGAAGUGUGUGAACCCAAAGUUGACAAUUUGCUUGACUACAUCUCGGGAAGCCGAGAUGGGGCGCAAGACUGCCACGCUGGCCGUGCGUGGGAGGUAUACUCUUGUCCCCCUCUGACAGUACUUGACCGUUCUACGGGAUGUGAAAGGCUGAGAAUUGAAAUUACAAGAACCGGAAGGGAUAGUGGUGAUGCUACGGAAAGCACUCUCGACUAUGAAACGUCAACGGAUCCAACUACUGAAUCACACGCUGAGGGUACUGAAAGUACUGAGGGCGCAGGAAAUAGCACUGAGGCCACAUCUAAAGAGACCUCUCCUACGACCAUCAAAGGCACUACUUUACCAACAACCCAAGACCCCACUGUGACCACCGAUAGAACUCCUGAACCUGUGAGUUCCUGUGAAAAAAUUGCAAAUGGAAAAAUUCCGUAUCCUCCUGAUUGCAAGCAAUAUAUUCAUUGCAAAAACAAGCAUGGUACCCUUACUGAUUGUUACACAGGAUACAUUUUCUAUGAACCAUUCCAGAUAUGUCUACCUGGAGACACAAAAACAUGUGAGCUGUACUCAUUAGGGCGUUGAGUUCAGCAAAUUGUCGGUGUUAACUUCUGUAAGACAGAUUCAGUGUAAAUCAAUGCAGACGUUUAUAUUAUUCAGACUAUUUGAAGUGCUAGUUUUGUAACAUGUAAAUACUAAUAAAAGAAGAACUAUGAUAACACA